UUGAGGCAAGUGUAAGAGAAGUUCAGGGACUGUUGUCUGCUGAUACUUUGAGUGUUAGUGUCUGCUGAAGGCUUGAGUGCUGUCGUCUGCUGAAGGUUUAAGUGCUGCUGUCUGCUGAAUGUUUAAGUGCUUCUGUCUGCUAAAGGCUUAAGUACCGAUGUUUGCUGAAGGCAUUUUGCUGAAGUUUGCCGUCUUGCUGAAGGACCGCUGAAGUUCCUAGUUUUUGGUGGUUACUGAGGUUUCACCUGCUGAAUCAUGAAGCCUCCAUCAGUUCUCUUCAUCACGUUAGUAUUGAUCGGAUGUUAUAGUCUGACCAGAGGUGAGGAGGAACCCUUACACCUCUCCCUACCUACUAAGACACCAUCUCUCCAGCAUCUUAACACCCCAAAGACCCAGAGUGAUGAUGACUUAUCUCGUGAAAGCAACUCCUCCUCAAAGGGUGAAAUUCCUACCAACAAUGAUCUUCCACCAGUCGUUAACGAAACUAAUAGAUUGAACUCUACCCGCUCGUUCAACACUACCAACGGAGACGCGACCUUCGUGUUCAAUGCCACCAGCACUCAGAGUCCAGACUGUCCCAUGUUGUAUACCCGUGUAGGUCGUCGAUGCAUCGCUCUCAUCACCAAUGGAAAGGUCACUUGGCCCGAAGCGAGACUCUUCUGUAAGUCAAUCUUCGGGGACCUUUUAACCUUCUCGAAUGCCACUGACUACAUUGACCUCCUCCAGUAUCUCCAGACCUCCAAAGCGAGCGUCGACCUGUGGCUUGGAGGCUGCGAGACGAUGGGGAGGUGGAGGUGGGUGACCGAUACUCCCAUGCCUCUAGGUUCUCCUUAUUGGGCUGCCUUUACACAUGACUCGUUCUACAGGGACUUAUAUACGAUACCACGACACUACAUCCAGCCUCCUUACGCCUACACCACUGAUCUGAGGGAUCCUUACUGGUGGGCGGCAAUAACCACCAAACACUACUUGUACCUGAGCGUCCAUUACAGUAACCAGAGGAAGAGUCCAUUGUGUGAACUGACGACUGAUCAAGUGUAUGUCGCUCGAGAAGCAUAGUGUCCUCUGUGGGUCCAUCCCUAGUGGUCCUUCUCUGGUAUAUUGGUCCAUCCCUAGUGGUCCUUCUCUGGUAUAUUGGUCCAUCCCUAGCGGUCCUCUGGUAUACUGGUCCAUCCCUAGUGGUCCUUCUCUGGGGCAUAUACACACACAUACAUACGUAAUUACUAAGAACAAUUAUUAACCUGUAACAAUAUAAUUACACAAAGAAUGUAUGAAAGUUUAUAUAAUUCUUAUGAGAUAAAAUGAUCUCUAAGUUAAAUUAACAUACAUCAUAUUAACCCAAGUCUGGUAAUAACUUCUCACUAGACAUUCAUACAAACUUUUUUCAUAUUGUAAUUUCACAAUUUCUCUAGUAACAUUAUAUCAGUCUAUAAUCAUAACUGCUCCUCAGCUUAACUGGUACAUAAGUUGUGGUCCAUUGUUGUAUCAUCCAGCGCUCAUCAUCUAACCGGUUACAUAACAUCUUCAGUCAAUCCACACCUAAACACUUAAACCCCUGAAAUAUUUAUUAACAUAGGUAAUAUAUUUCAGGUAAGAUAAAUAACAAAAAUAUUCACUUCAAUCACUAUGGUUCACUUUACAAAAGAAAUAAAUUAUUAAGUAAUUCACAUUAAGUAAUAAAUCAUAUUAAAUUAUAACUAAUAUAUCCCUAUUCAUCUUAAUUAAUAAAAACUGUAAUAUCUCUUUCAUAUGUUCACUAUUAAGUAAAUUAUGUUCAAUUAAUUUAUAAAUCAGUUUAAUCUUUGAAACAAUAUCACACAUUUAUCAUUAUAUUAAUAAAUAUUUUAGUUUAUCAUUGUUUAUCAAAUAAAUUCCAAUGUUUCA